CAUGGGCAAGAAGCACAAGAAGCACAAGUCGGACAAACACCCCUACGAGGAGUACGCGGAGAAGCCGCUGAAGCUGGUGCUCAAGGUGGGCGGCAGCGAGGUGGCGGAGCUGUCCACGGCGCCCGAGGACAAGGCCGAGCACGACAAGCACCGCGACAGGAAGAGGAAGAAGCGGAAGAAGGGCGAGAAGCAGGAGCCCGGCGACGAGAAGGAGAAGAGGAGGAGGAGGGUUAAGGAGGAUAAAAAGAAAAGAGAACACCCUGACAGUGAGGGGGAACAAGAGCUGAAAUGUCAGACGCCUGUGAGACUGGAAUUGCCGCAAGAAAAACCAUUAACCAGUACUUUAUCAAAGCAGGAAGAAGUGGAGCAAACACCACUUCAGGAAGCUUUGAAUCAACUCAUGAGACAGUUGCAGAGAAAGGAUCCAAGUUCUUUCUUUUCAUUUCCUGUGACUGACUUUAUCGCCCCUGGCUAUUCCAUGAUCAUUAAAAAUCCAAUGGAUUUUAGUACUAUGAAAGAAAAGAUCAAGAACAAUGGGUACCAGUCCAUAGAAGAAUUAAAGGAUAACUUCAAAUUGAUGUGCACUAAUGCAAUGAUUUACAACAAGCCAGACACCAUUUACUACAAAGCUGCAAAGAAACUACUGCACUCAGGGAUGAAGAUACUCAGCCAGGAAAGAAUUCAGAGCUUGAAACAAAGUAUAGAAUUCAUGGCUGACCUGCAGAAGACCAGGAAGGAAAAAGACAAGAUGGAACAGCAGCCAAAUGGGGAAGAUGAAACUGGUCUGGGGAAAGACAAAGGAGAAUCCGCGGACAGUGACACCAAAGUAUUCAAAACACCUAACAAAGAACACAAAAAGAAGGACAAAGAUCUACCUGAAGACAAAUUAAGAAAUAACAGUUUGGAAAGGGAACAAGAACAGAUUGAUCGCAUUGUUAGGGAAUCUGGAGGAAAGUUAACAAGACGACUUGCAAAUAGCCAGUGUGAAUUUGAAAGAAGAAAACCAGAUGGCACAACAACUCUGGGCCUUCUUAAUCCAGUUGACCUUAACAUAAGCGAACCAGGUUACUGCCCUGUAAAGCUGGGUAUGACAGCAGGAAGACUUCAGUCAGGAGUUAAUACAUUACAAGGUUUCAAAGAAGAUAAAAGAAACAAAGUUACUCCAGUGAUGUACUUGAAUUAUGGACCUUAUAGUUCCUAUGCUCCAACAUAUGACUCUACAUUUGCCAACAUCAGUAAAGACGAUUCAGAUCUAAUUUAUUCAACAUAUGGGGAAGACUCUAAUCAAGGAUCUUUCAGUAUUCAUGAAUUUUUGAUGAAAUCUCAAGAUUAUCCUUUUGUAAUGGCUGAUAGUUUGCUUGAUGUUCUAACGAAAGGAGGACAUUCUAGAUCUCUCAGAGAAUUAGAAACGCCACUGGAGGAAGGUGAAGACUCACCUGAAAGAAGUGAUGUAACAAGAGAUAUAGUGGAAAUGGAUAUGGCUAGCAGGCUGGAUGCUGCUAGUAAUGACAGGCUUACAGCACUGAAAGCGGUCACAAACUUCGGCAUGCCCAUGGAAGAGUUUGAGUCUGAGGAGGCUGAAAUCUUCCAGAGGAAACUUGAUGAAACAACAAAGCUUCUGAGAGAACUCCAAGAUGCUCAAAAUGAACGACUAAGUACAAAACCUCCCCCUAAUAUGAUUUGUCUUCUUGCUCCAUCUUACAGAGAGAUGCACUUGGCGGAGAGAGUAACAAAUAAUCUGAAAGAACUUGCACAGCAAGUGACUCCAGGUGAUAUUGUUAGUACAUAUGGGAUCCGGAAAGCAAUGGGAAUUUCAGUUCCUUUACCUGAUACAGAAGACAGCUGGGUAGAUUUAACAGAUGACUUCCAGGAACCUAAGAAGACUGUCACCAUCACUGAAAAUGAAUGUGGCCCAGUUACAGUCUAAAGCUUCAGUUAAGUUUACUGAUGUUUGUUUGAUUCUAUUUAAGAACCAGAUAAAUGCUCUUCAAGUGUACUCACUGAGCAUGUGUAUAUUGCGUGUGACGGAAACUACUUUUGUUUAUUAAAUUUUGGAACU